AUUUUGAAUGGAACGCGCCGGUGGAUCUAUAAUUCCUUGCUGCUUUCUUUUACGCGCUCCGUGAUAAAUGAUCGAUCAGUGAGCGCUGAUCCAGAGCCAGGGGCUGUAGCCUGUGCGAACCGCGGGAAACUCAAGCGGCUGCAGACCCCCGUUUCCGAUGUCUCAGCCCACUUCACGGGAGCCUGCUGCGGACGCGUUCCUUUUUCUCGCGUUCAUUUCCUCUAAUUGGCGGUAAAACCGCAGGUGACAUGGAGGAAAGAGCCCCUUUGCCUUUCCGUUGAACCCGCGGCCGCACCUUCUCUGCGGGAUGGAGCGUCCCGCUCCCUUCAGACCCACUCCUGCCGUGUUCGGGGGGCUGCCGGACGCGUCCGCGAACGACACGCCCGCCAACUACACGUCCGAGCCGGAGGACAGGUCCGCGAGCCUCGCCCUGCAGGCCGGCUUGGGCGCCACCCUGUCCGCCAUCACCUUGGCCACGACGCUGUCCAACGCCUUCGUGAUCGCCACCAUCUACCGCUCCAGGAAGCUGCACACUCCCGCCAACUUCCUCAUCGCCUCGCUGGCCGUCACCGACCUGCUCGUGUCCGUGCUGGUGAUGCCCAUCAGCGUGCUGUACACGGUGAGCCAGACGUGGACCCUGGGUCAGGUCGUGUGCGACAUCUGGCUGUCCUCCGACAUCACGUGCUGCACCGCGUCCAUCCUGCACCUGUGCGUGAUCGCGCUCGACCGCUACUGGGCCAUCACGGACGCGAUCGAGUACUCGAAGAAGCGCACGCCCGCCCGGGCGGCCGGCAUGAUCUGCACCGCGUGGGUCAUCGCCAUCUCCAUCUCGCUGCCGCCGUUCUUCUGGCGCCAGGUGAAGGCGGAGGAGGUGACCACGUGCAACGUGAACUCGGACCACAUCUUCUACACCAUCUACUCCACGUUCGGCGCGUUCUACAUACCCACGCUGCUGCUGCUCGUCCUGUACGGGAGGAUCUACGUGGAGGCGCGCAAACGGAUCCUAAAGCAGCCCCAGAAGAAGAAGAGGAAGAAGAAGAAGAAGGCGGGGAAGAGACUCACCUCGGCGCACCUCAUCACGGACUCGCCGGGCUCCGCCGCCUCCAGCGCUUCGCUCAGCUGCGGGGCGCACGAGGGCGGCGCGUGCGACGCGGGCGCGAGCCAGGUGAAGGUGACAGUGUCGGACUCGCUGCUGGAAAAAAAGAGGAUCUCUGCCGCCAGGGAGAGGAGGGCCACCAAAACUCUGGGGGUCAUUCUGGGCGCCUACAUCGUGUGCUGGCUGCCGUUUUUCAUCUACACCCUGCUCACGGCGCUGUGCGAGAGCUGCGCGCAGAACCCGGAGCUGUUCGACGUCUUCACGUGGCUCGGGUACCUUAAUUCCUUGAUCAACCCCAUCAUUUACACCAUGUCCAACGAGGACUUCAAAAAGGCUUUCCAUAAACUUGUGCGUUUCAGGUGCUGCGCUUCUUGAGACCGCAAGCUCGAUCGUAAACUCACUGCGUUGUGAAAAUCAUGAAACGGAAUUAAAGUGUCGAUUUCGCAUAACUGAUGCACAACUACCUGAAAGCAAUUAUUAAGCUCCAGCUCUGAGACGUACUAGGCACGGCGCUGUGGACGCAACGGAGAUGUUCAUUAAAACUGCUGGGGAAAAAAAAAAAAAAAUGAUACGGUGGAUCUGAAAUAUCUUUAAUACACGCAAGCCCAUGUCGGCAUAAAAAAAAAGGUUUGUGUUUGAUCUCUGAAACACAAUGAAACAACUAGUACACGCAAUUAUGUUAUGCAAUGUUCACGAACCAGUGAAAAAGGCACAGACGUGUUAGGCACAGACUGCAAUACUGAGAGUGUGUGACCCUGACUCCGUCAUCUA